GAAUGUAAAGAUUAUACACUAUAAAGUGAUCAAAUAAAUUAUAUUUGUUGUAUGUAUAGAGACAAAGAUAUGACUCAUAUGUUUGUGUAUGCUAUAAUUUUAUUUAUCUUCCUAUUUUUUCUUGCAAAUAAUGUUAAGGGAUAUGUUGUUUGUAUAACUAAUAAUGAUUGCCCACCAAGAACUCGGCUUAUAUUGUAUAAGUGCCGUAAUCGCAAAUGUGUAUCAUAUAGUAUUAUAUAAAGAAGGUCAUAAUAAAGUAAAGGCUCCUAGUUUACUUGAUACACAAGUUAACUAGUUUAGCUUACUUAAGCAUGUUCAUUUUAGCUUGUAAUUAGGCUAAUUGUAAUAUGCAUAUUGCCUACAAAUACUUCUUGUACACUCAUUUACAUCUAUGAGAAACACUCAUUUACAUCUAUGAGAAAUGAGAUUCAUUUCAUUAUUUGCUUCCCAUAACAUGGUAUCGGAGCUUUUUUCUCUCAUUUCCAUGGUGGAAGUUUAUUACAAAAGUUAAGAUCCUUUUCUUCACCUUCUUCGUUUUUUGCUGAAAACUUCACAUUUCUCCAUUGAUUCCUCACGAAUUUCUUCUUCCUUUGUGAAUCUCUUGUUGUUCUUGCGUUUUGCAGCAAGUUUUUCUUCUCUUCUUCGUCAUUUGCUUCUUUGUUCAUCAUGCCUCGUCAGAAUCAACCUGGCACUGAAUAAUUUUUUUACGUGCAAUCAAUUGAAGGACCGAAUUAAGUUAUUGUCACUUAACUCUUGGAUGGUUCUAACUACCUCGCAUGGAGUCGUUCCAUGAUUCUCGCUUUUGGUGCGAAGAACAAAUUGAAGUUUGUCGAUGGAUCCAUGGAACUUCCAGAUGAGGAAGAUUUCAAUCGCAGUGCCUGGGAACAUUGCAAUCACCUAAUUCAGUCAUGGAUUAUCAAUUCAGUUACUCCUCAAAUUGAACAAACUCUGGUUUUCCAUGAAAACACCAUUGAUGCUUGGUUAGAUCUAAAAGAACGUUUUUCCAAGGUAGAUCACAUUCGUAUUGCUACGCUUCGUUCUAAGAUCAACAAUUUGAAGCAAGGUUCUAAGUUAGUUUUGGAUUACUUUACUGAAAUGAAAACUCUUUGGGAAGAGUUGAAUUCACACCGUCCAAUGCCACCUUGCACUUAUCCUCAUCCCUGUUGUUGUGCAGCUAUGAGAGAGGCACAUAAUUGCAGACUUAAAGAUCAAGUAAUCUAGUUUUUGACUAGUUUGAAUGAUCAAUUCAAAGUUAUCAAAACUCAAGUACUGAUGAUUGAUCCACUUCCUUCUAUCAACAAAGUAUAUUUUGUGGUUAUCCAAGAGGAAAGUAACAAUCAUUCACUUUCUUCCUCCAUUGGUGAACCUUCAUCCAUUAUCAAUGUUGUUGAUUCACGCAAGCCACAAGGAAGAGGAAGAGGAUACUUUAGUGGAUCCAAGCCUCCUAGACAUUGUUCAUUUUGUGGAAAGAACAAUCACACUAUUGAAUAUUGUGAUCAAAAGCAUGGACAUCCAAAUCCAAACUUUCAUAAGCAUAAUUCUUCUGUGAAUGCCUUAAGUAGCUUUGAAGAAAUUGAGGCUCAAUCAAGAAGUUGCAAUGAUGCUUCUUCAUCCUCUAGUUCUAAUAUUUCUCAAGAGAAGUAUGAUCGAAUUCUUAGCCUGUUACAACAAGUGAAUUUGCUUCAUGCUUCAUCUGUAGCUUCACCUCAAACUAGUGUCAAUCAUGUUCAUACUUCCCCUGCUUCUAAUUCUAUCUCCACUAUACAAUCAGACUGAGCCCACUACAUAUGCUGAGGCAAGCAAAUUCAGUUGUUGGAAUCAGGUUAUGCAAGCUUAGAUCAUUGCUCUUGAAAAUACUGGGACAUGGAAACUAGUUGAUUUAAUACCAAAUGUCAAGCCUAUUGGUUGUAAAUGGAUUUUCAAAAUCAAAUAUCAUGCAGAAGGCUCAGUAGAGAGAUACAAAGCUAGAUUGGUUGCCAAAGGUUAUAAUCAAAUUGAAGGAUUGGAUUACUUUGAUACUUACUCUCAAGUUGCCAAAUUUACAACUGUCAGAACUGUUAUUGCUUUGGAAUCCAUCAAUCAUUGGCACAUUCAUCAGCUGGAUGUUAAUAAUGAAUUUUUAGAUGGAGAUUUGCAGGAAGAUGUUUACAUGAUUGUUCCUCAAGGUAUCACUACUUGCAAACCAAAUCAGGUUUGCAAACUAGUAAAAUCACUGUAUGGAUUGAAACAAGCAAGUAGAAAGUGGUAUGAGAAGCUCACCUCUCUACUUCUACAUCACAACUAUACACAGUCUAUCAGUGAUCAUUCCUUAUUCACCAAAAAGACUGCUACUUCUUUCACAUCAUUACUUGUUUAUGUAGAUGAUGUGAUAAUUGCUGGUGAUUUAUUAUCUUGGUUAAUUGAAGUAUUUUCUUGGUUUA